UAUAAGAUACCGCCGUGAACACUCGAAAAAACACGUGGUUGCCUGCGGAUGUACUUGUGCUGAUAAUAUUUCGGCGCAAAGUGCACGUGUCACGGUGCAAUAUCUGGCACAUGAUACGAUCUCGUACGUCACUGGCCGAAUUAUCUUGCGAUUGUGUAAUAUUGUCAAGACCCGAGAGCCCGAUUAUGUAAAUUCGUCUUCAAUAAGGCGACCCAACGGACAGAGAACACCAGUUGUAUAAGGGUGGACGUGCGCAGCUUGCCGGUUUUACAUCAGUAUGUUCACGCGCCAAAAUACAUAAAUAACACCCGUUUACUCAUCACAGAAAGGAAUAGCUCACGUAGCAAAUAUCAAAUGACAUUUUGCGAAACGUACAGUAUGAAAACGGACUUCGUCAGAAUAAUGGAUAUAUAAAAUAGUUGAAAAGAGUAAAAAAAAUACUCCUGUAUAGAAAAAAGAGAUCUCUAAUUUAGAGAAGAAUGGCGAAACCGAUAAUGGCUAAUAGCGAUACUAAAACAGAUGAAGCGAUACCACGGAUGGAAUCUAUUCACAGGAACAGAGAAUGCAGAAAAUUCUUUGGAUGGAUAAAAUAUACAUCAGUAGAGCCGACAAUGUGGCUCUACAUGAUGGCAUUCAUGUUUACAUCAAUCGUUGAGCAAGACUUCUUUAGACAUAAAGCAUGCCGUGUGGAUCACGGAUAUUCGGAAGAAAUCUGCUCAAAGUUAAACGAUGACAAUAAUAAGGCAAUAAAGACCGAAGUGCAGAUAACUGUCUCGGAAUUUCAUCAAUGGAACGACAUUGCCGGGCACGUGAUGCCUAUUAUCUUGGCGAUGUUCUACGGGAACUGGAGCGAUCGGCGAGGACGCAAAUUGCCGCUCGUCCUCGGCUUGAUCGGCAAAUUUAUCUAUUCCUUCAUGGUCGUAAUCAAUUCUAUGAUGGAUACUUGGAAGCUGAAUAUGGUGGUGUACACGGCCACCCUACCUAUGAGUUUGCUGGGCGGUGACGUUGCAAUCUUCGGCAGCUGCUUCGCAUAUAUAUCGGACGUAUCCUCCGUGCAACAGAGAACCCUGAGGAUCACGAUUCUGGAUGUCAUUUAUCUUAGCACGAUGCCAUCGGGAGUCGCGCUUGGAUCUUAUGUGUUCAGUCACUUGGUCAACUCGCCCUAUACGAUUAUGUUCACCGUAAAUGCCACAUUGCUUGCGUUAGCGAUUAUAUACUCGCUGGUGUGGCUUAAAUGGCAAACGUCACCACGACAGCAACCCUUGUCCGGUACCAAUCUGCUGGUGGACUUUUUCGAUACGAGACACGUCGCUACGACGAUGCGAACGUUGUUGAAGUCAAGGCUCAACCACGGCAAACUCCAUCUGUGGUUUCUUCUGCUCGCAAUGUGCCUCUAUACGUUCCAGAGAGACGAAAAGCCCAAGAGUCAGAUGUAUACUUCAUUAAUCUUCAAAUGGGACGUGACAGACUUCAGUAACUUCAAAACAUUCCAAUCGACUCUCUUCGUGUUAGCAAUGCUCAUCGGGGUGCCUAUAAUGAGUAAAUUGAUAGGAAUGAGGGAUACAUUCAUCGUAGCAAUUGGAGCAAUAGCGCAUGCAGCCGGAAGAAUAGUAUUUGUAUUAGCGAACAGACCGGAACUAUUUUACGUAGGCGCUGCUGUUGCUGCGUUAGGUCCCGUGGUAGCACCUGUACUUAGAUCGAUGACUUCCAAACUUGUAUCCACAGAAGAGCGAGGAAAAGUAUUCGCGAUGCUCUCCGUCUGCGAUAAUGCGGUCCCGCUCUUUAGCGGCACUUUGUAUUCUCAAUUAUACAACGCCACGAUAAAGACUGCACCGAGCUCCUUUUAUUGGUUGACGUUUGCUACGCAAAUUACCGUGCUUCUACUUAUCUUGCUCAUACAAUUUACAUCUUGGUCUAAACACGCGACCGAACAGCAGGAUUACAUCGACGACGAAGUUGUGGCUCCAUCGCUACCAAACACUUUAGAAACUAACUCUUCUAGUAAUGUUACCGCGUGACGAUAACCUAAUCUCAAUCUGCUCAAAGAAAACGUAGAAUAAAAUAUUUGAAACUGCCAUAUAUAAGUAACGUGUCAAAGAUCAUAAUUUGUUAGCACGACGUUUCAUCUGAUCAUCUUGAGAAAUAUGUACAAGAUGCAUUUACAAGACUCAGGGUUCAUUUUUUUUUUUAAUAUGCUCAAAUACGUUUAUCUCUACAUAUUGUUAUAUUUUAGAGAAAAUAAUAUCAAAUUUCAGAUCUUGUAAUAAAAGACGUAUUUUUAGAAUUACUCAAUUACAUAUCUAUUCGUAUGUAGUAAAAUAUUAGUAUAAGUAGAAUAUUUUAAACGCAUAAAAAAUUAAUAUUUUAAUAAAAUAUAAACUAUAUGCAUAAAUAUAGAAAAUAAUAUGCAAAAUGAAAAUAUCUAUAUAUUUUUA